AAAGCCCCUCUCGCUCCCAUUCACUUCCAUUUCCAUUCAAAUUUCAAACAGACAUCGUGUAAGGUUUCAAUUUCCCCAGCUUAAGACAAGUACAUCAAUCGCCAUCUUGCACAAUGUGCCCUUCAACUAGGACCCUUACCCUAACCCCUGGUGGCGCGACCUCAAAUUUCAAGCCAGCGUUUGAGGUCCUCGAUGCUGACCGGGACGGGAAGAUCAGCUACGAUGACCUGAGCACGUUCUGUUCCGGGUUCCUGAGCAGUCCCGCUGACGCCGACCAGGACAUUGUUGGGAUGAUGAUCUCGGUGGCGGAUCUAGACCGGGAUGGGUUCGUCGAGUACGACGAGUUCGAGCAUGUCCUAGAGGCUGCACAAAGGGGAGCCAAGAGCUCAGGGAGGGUCGGCGGAGGUGUCAUGGAAGAGGUGUUCAGGAUGAUGGACAAGGACGGGGAUGGGAGAUUGAGCCAUGGGGACUUGAGGAGCUACAUGGAAUGGGCUGGGCUUGAAGCAAGCGAUGAGGACAUCAAGGCCAUGAUCAGACUGGGCGACGGGGACGAGAAGAACGGGGUUUCCUUCGACGGCCUACUCAAGAUCUUGGCUGUUGAUAAUAUUUUACUAUGAGACAUCAGCAGACUCGAGUGGAAGAUGGCACAAAACUUUCUUGUAAUUUGUUUAAAAAUAGAUUGCGAAAAAUGCCUCUCGGAUCCCCUCAUCGAGAUCACCGUUCAUCUUUCUCGUUUAGUUGUAAACUCGAACUCAGGUCUAAAUGAGUGGACACCUUGUUUCGCACGAAUAACAUCGUCAAUAGCUAUCAAGUCCUUUUCUUCUGCAUAAGGUUUUGUCAGGAGGUUCACUAUCUCUCUUGUACAAGUGUUACCAAAUAUCAUUGACAUUAUUUGAAUAAAGCACAUACAACCAAA